UAGGCUUAGUUACGAGUUCUAAAUUACACCGGAUUUGUGAACAGGCCAAUCGAACAUCGUACGUCUGCGUUCUCUAGUCUAUCCUUCUGCCAUUUUGUUUUGUGCUUGGUAGUGCUUGUUGGUGAAUUUGUGCCGGUAAUUCGCAAUUUACUUCAAACAAGAUGUCAUACCGAGGCAUGCGUCGAGAUGGUGGGAGGUCUAGUGAUUAUGGAGGAGGUGGCAACCGUCGAAGUGGUGGUGGUGGAAACUACCGCAACAGCUAUGACAGCUACAACAGUCAAAUGAACCCAUGGGAAGGUGGGAUGGUUCCAGGAAGAGGUGGAGGAAACAGUGGCCUCCUCCCAUCUCCAGGACAGGGAGAUUUGCUCUCUCAGCUCACUUCUCCGGAAGCGCAGUUAGCGUUGGCCAGCAACUUGAUCAACAAACUUAUCAAUCAGCAGCAACAGUCUGUUCCUUCGCUGCUCAAUCUUGGCAACAUGGGCUCUGGUGGAGGCCACAUGUCCUCAUACAGGUCAAAUGAUGGCUAUGGCAACACACGCAAUUUCCAGGACCGCCGUCGUGGGAGAAUGGACCAGCUGAAUCGAAGAACUGAACCAUACAAUAAGUCGGGUAUGAACCGACGUAUGGGAUCCGAUCGUAUGGCCAACGAUCGUAUGGGCGGCAACGAUCGCCGCAAUCUUGGCAAGAACCGCCAACCCAAUUUUGACCGCAAGACUUCUGUUUCGAAAUCUCCCAAACUUCAAAAGGAGGAUCAGAAAGAUAAGAAAGAUAAAGAUGCUGAGAAAUCGAACGGAGACAUUAAAAGUGAAAACGCUGAUGAUUCCACAAGGGAAGAAGGCAAGGAUGAUGAAUCAAAAGAAGAAGAAAAGAAGAAAAUUCCCAUCCCAGCUGCUCUUCUGUAUUGCCAUGUCUGCAGCAAGAAUAUGUGGGACGAAAUCUCAUUCACUAAACAUCUCAAGGGAAGGCCUCACCAGCACAUGAUGGAUGGGUUGAACGAGAAGUACAAGCUGAAGGUAGAUUUACUUCGUCAUGAGUUGCGGCUGGCUGAGCAACAGCGGGAGAUGGACCUGGAGAGACGACAGCGACAGGGAGCAAAAGUGUUCCAACACCCCCGUGAGUAUUGCGCCAUGUGUGACCUGCACUUCUACGGCCAUCUCAUCUCUCACCGCAAGAACAUCCGCCAUCAGAAACUGAAAGCUUUCCUCCAUCCCAAGUGCUCACAUUGUAACAAGGAGUUCUCCACCAGAUUGGAGUGGGAUGACCAUCGACUCACCUUCUCGCAUCUACAGGAGGUAGCUGCAUUCCGCCGUGCCAAUAAGCCCAAUAUUAAAGAUGAUGAAUUUGACAUCGAUGAACUUGUGUGCCCUGACAGCGUAAACUGCGGUGAAAUGGUUUCUAAAGAGAUCCCGGUCAUGAUGGGUCAUAUGUCUGAAGAUGAUGUUAUUGGAGAAAUGAAAGAAGAAUUCAUCAAAGAAGCAGAAGACAUAAAGAAAGAAAAAGGAGAGGAAGAGAAACAGGAUGAAAGCAUGGUUGAGGAAGGCAAGGACAAGGAAGAAAAUAAAGAUAAGGAAGCCAAAGCCCCACAAGGUAUUGAUGUUGACCCCAGCAAACUGCCUAAGUACAACUCUUCCGUGGCUGUCGGCAAGGAUCUUGUGAUUCCUGUAACCGGUUUCAUGUGCCGUGUCUGUAACCGCUUCAUGCAAGGAGACGAAGAGGCCCAGGUCCAUUGCCGCACCCUUUCUCACUACACUAAUUAUUGCAGCAUUGUUCGUACCAAGGCCCGUGUGACUGGUCGAAAGAAGCGAUUGCUAGUUAAACAAACCAAGGAUGGCAAAAAUGAUGACGAAAAGGAGGAUGAUGAGAAAAAUGAAGAUGAAAAGGGAGAUGAAACCAUUGAAGGAGAAAAAUCAGAUGCUGGUGGUGAAGAUGAUGAAGGAAACUGGAAGAGACGCAAAACAAAUGAAAAUGACGAGGAAAAAAUGGAUGUGGAGGAGGAGAAGGCGGAGGAAAAAGUAGAUAUACCAGAAAGUGUUUGGGAAGAGGUUGAUAAGGAUAUAGAUGCAGCCUAUGCAGAAAUACAAAAGGACAAUGAGGAAAACGUUGAGGAAGAACCAGAGGAGGAGAGCAAGGAGGAACGUGUUGCACCAAAGGCUUCCACUCCCAGGGGCGGUGCUCGUGGCCGUCGUGGAGGGAGGCGUGGGAAAUAAAGUGUCUUGUUACUUUAAAAAAGUUAGGUCCCUUUCACACUUCUGUUUUGGACAUUUUUGUUUGAUCAAAAGUCAUGAUGAAAUUAUAGAGCACAGCACUGAUCGCUUUAGAGUGAGUGGAACUGGUUUGAGACUGUGCUAGGGACAUUCUGUGUGACAGUUACAUACAAUAACUUGUAUGUCCAGUACUGGAUAGUGUGAAAAGGGCCUAUUAUAUCACUGCAUCUUCUGUUGUAUCUCUUAGCAUCUGUCUCAAGUAUCUCCUCUAUGCUACAUAGUAAAUCUAUGUAUUUGUGUCUAGCCUGUGCGACAUUACUCCAUUCCUUUUAUCAUAAUAAUAAAAAUAUAUUUAUAGUUUUAAUGUUGUAAGUUUUAUAUUAGAAACUUGAAAUUUGUUAACCCUUUAUGUAAUUGUAUUAUUAAUAUAGUCAACUAUUUGUAGCCUUAAAUAGUUGGGUAAAAUUGAAAGUAAUUUUUGAUUUUUCCCUGUGGAGUUUGCAAUAUUAAGUUCAGAUUAGAUCAGUUACAUAUUGAAACCAUUUUAAUAAAGAUCAAUGACCAAGAA